AUGGCCCUCAAAACAGUGAUCAGGGGCCUCCUUAUACAAAUGGGAGCGACCCGCAAAAGGAAAGGAAAUAAGGAAAAAGAGCGCCUGCUAGAGGACCUUAAACAAAUAGAGGCCAAAAAUAAACUCAAUCCAUCGAAAAAAUUAACUAAACAAGUUAAUAAAAUAAAUUCAGAACUACAUGCACUAUCCCUAACCACUAUGGAAAGACAAAUGCGUAAACUCAACCUAAUUCAUUACACGCAGGGUAAUAAAGCUGGCAAAACAUUAGCACGUCGAUUGAAAACACACUAUCUGCAGUCUAAACUACCUUACAUGACAUCAGCUGCCAACACAAAACUAUACAAUCCCCAGGAUAUAGUGGAAGAACUGGCCUCCUUCUACGAUACACUGUAUAACUUACAAUGA